UAGGAGGAGCAGGAGGAGCAGGAGGAGCAGGAGCAGCAGGGGCAGGAGUAGGAGAAGCAGGAGCAGCGUCGCCAGCGGGCUACGGUUUAAGCAAUGAGCUAUCCAGGUUAUCCUCCACCGGCCGGAGGCUACCCUCCAGCGGCUCCAGGUGGCGGUCUCUGGGGGGGUGCUGGCGGAGGUUACCCCCCGGCCGGCGGGCCUCCCAUCGGGCUCGACAAUGUGUCCGCCUACGCCGGUCAGUUCAAUCAGGACUACCUUGCAGGAAUGGCGUCCAACAUGUCGGGCACUUUCGGAGGCGCGAAUAUGCCACCCAACAUGUACCCCGGCGCUCCCGGAGGGGGCGGUUACCCCCCGAUACCGCCCGGAGGUUUCGGCCAGCCUCCUCCAGCCCAGCAGCCAGUUCCCCCGUACGGAAUGUACCCCCCGCCCGGAGGGAACCCGGCGUCGGGGAUGCCAGCUUACCCAGGGUACCCAGGCGCUCCCGUGCCAGGCCAGCAGCCCAUGCCACCGCCCGGGCAGCACCCCCCGGGGGCCUACCCGGGGCAGCCGCCGCUCGCCUACCCUGGGCAGCAGCCGAUGCCCCCGCCUGGGCAACAGCAGCCGAUGCCAAGUUACCCGAACAUCCCUGCGGGCAAUCCCUCCAUGCCUUCCUACUCCGGAUCCGUGACCCCAGCUGUCACUCCGUCGCAGUUUGGAAACCGAGGCACUAUCAGUGAUGCACCAGGCUUCGACCCUCUGAGGGAUGCAGAAGUUCUGAGGAAGGCUAUGAAGGGAUUUGGGACCGACGAGCAGGCCAUCAUCGACUGUCUUGGAAGCCGCUCCAACAAGCAAAGGCAGAAGAUCCUCCUGUCAUUCAAAACUGCCUAUGGAAAGGAUUUGAUCAAGGACCUGAAAUCAGAGCUCUCAGGAAACUUCGAGAAAACCAUCUUAGCCAUGAUGAAGACACCGGUCCUCUAUGAUGUCUCUGAAAUAAAGGAAGCUAUCAAGGGUGCUGGCACCGACGAAGCAUGCCUGAUCGAAAUCCUAGCCUCCCGCAGUAACGAGCACAUCCAAGAAAUCAACAGGACGUACAAAGCAGAAUUCAAGAAAACUCUCGAGGACGCCAUUCGAAGUGACACGUCAGGACAUUUCCAGAGGCUUUUAAUAUCGCUUGCCCAGGGCAACCGAGAUCAAAGCACAAAUGUCGACCUUUCCCUCGCCCAAAGAGAUGCCCAGGAGCUGUACGCCGCUGGAGAGAACCGUCUUGGCACCGAUGAAUCCAAGUUCAAUGCAAUUCUGUGCACCCGAAGCAGGGCACACCUGACUGCAGUUUUCAACGAGUAUCAACGCAUGAGUAACCGGGAUAUCGAGAAGAGUAUCUGCCGGGAGAUGUCCGGAGACCUGGAGCAAGGGAUGCUGGCCGUGGUAAAAUGCCUCAAGAACACUCCAGCUUUCUUUGCCGAAAGACUCAAUAAAGCUAUGAGGGGAGCCGGGACUAAAGAUCGCACCCUCAUCCGGAUCCUGGUGUCUCGCAGUGAGAUUGACCUGCUGGACAUCCGAGCUGAGUACAAGAAGAUGUACGGCAAGUCCCUGUACACGGAUAUCUCGGGAGAUACAUCGGGGGACUACAAGAAGAUCUUGCUGAAGCUCUGCGGGGGUAAUGACUGAGCAUACGAGCCAUCCAAGAAGAAUAUUACAACAAAAGACUAAAAAAUUAAAAAAAAAAGAAACCCUUAACUUUUUUUUUUUCAGCUCAGUAAAACUUAGUAGAGGAACGGCCUGCGUCCUCUCCCUUCACCAGUAGUAGAGCAGUGCAGAAGGAAGUGGCUAUUAAUUUUAGAUUGCUCUCUCAGGAUAUAUAUAUAUAUAUAUAUGUUUUUUUCAAUCAACCUCUACUCUGGAGCCACAGAUUCAUCACAUUGCUUAUUACAUCCUGCUUCUAGAGAAGUUAUUUCCCUCCCGGUAUUGCACAGUCCCAUUUUCCUGCUGGACCCCUAAAUCAUGUUGCUCUUAGUUUGUGCCUUAUAUUUUUUGAAGCCACACCUUUUUAUUUUAUUGUUUUUUUAACAGUCAGCGCCAUGGCCGAGUCUCCAGCUUAUGUUUGUAUACAAAAUGUGGAAUACCAUCCUCAUUACAGAAGGAUAUUUGAGGCUCAUUGGUGUGUCCGAUGAAAAUGUGUCUAAUUGUUGCCCAAAAUGACUGUCCUAAGAGAAGUUAUCUGCUUAAUCUUCUUUGCAAGAAUGUAAGAAGGAUUCCCAACGAAACACAGGGCUCUUCCUUGUUUGAGAAUGUGCCUUUAGCCUCAAUAUCUGUAUCUUAAAGCCAACUGUAAAAUUAAAAACUUCCACCUUGAUGUUAUAGAAA